AUGGAGCAGUGGGAGUCAGAACUGCGACGCCGACAGCAGCAGCUGGAGAUGAAGGAAGCCGAGCUGCAGGCUGAGAGUGCCAACACGGAACGCCAGAGAAACAGCUUGCGAUACAACGCGGAGAACAUGAAAAGCUUUGCGGACCGCAUCCGGUACGCCAUGCACAGCAAUGAUCAACACGAGGUGAAGAUCAAGCACAAACAAGUGGGUUUGUUCCGCCAAGAGCGCGAAAUCAAAGAAUUUGAGGAGAAGGUGAAAGCCAAGGACAGGGAUUUCCAAUCACACGCCCGUGUCAAACAAGACGAGCAUCAAGAAAUCCAAAGGCAGCUGAACGACUUGCACCAAAAGGACAAGGACUGUGAGGCCAAAGUGAACGCGGUGAAGGCUGCAAUGGAACGGCUUCGACUCGCAGAACAGGAGGUGGAGCAUCGAAGCAAAGCAUUCGAAGAGGAGAAGAGGAAUCUGGAGAACAAGAAUGCGAUUUACAAGACGGAGAUCCGACGUUUGAACCAUAAACUGGAGCAAGCGCAACAAAAACCUGAAAUCAUACCAGUUGGUCAUGAUGGAGCAGGCAAUUUCAAGCCUUCGCAGCCACCAGACCGUCCUCCAAACAUUUCGAACUUGCCAAAGCAAAAUCUGCCCCCAGUUCCCUUCUUGCCGCCCCCAGCCGCACCCGGCAUGCACCGCCCUUCAGCACCACCGCCUGCUGGGCGAGGGCAGAUUUUAGAUGCGACCUGGGGAGCUCCGCAGCGGCCUGCCACGCCCGCGCCGUUGUGAGCGCCACUUCGCGUGUUCGAGCUGCGAGACGGUGGCAACAACAAAGGCUGAGUUGUGGCUACCUGAGAGACCAUCCAACUAGCUCCCUUAAAGGCUGUUGGGAGCUGC